AUGGAAUCUCUGUCAACAACACUAGCAGACGACUUCCUUACGUGCACGAUAUGCUGUGAGAUUUAUACGGAACCUCAAACGCUGCCAUGUUUGCAUUCAUUUUGCAAGAAAUGCAUUCUUACAUUCAUCCAAACUUGUUAUUCAAAAGGGCCAUACAAUUGCCCAAUUUGCAGGGAAACGUUUUCCUUGGAACCAAAAGGACUUAAAAAGAAUUUUUGUUUGCAGAAUAUGAUUGAUCUAAUUAAAAAACAAUCUGAUUCAUCCAAAACUUUAUGUUCAUUUUGUAUGGAUGACGAUCACCUAGCCGUCUCCCAAUGCAUAACUUGCUUAGACUUUCUCUGCGAAGAGUGCUCAAAAACAAGACAUACAUUUACCACCCAAAAUAGAAAUCACAAGGUAAUGCCCUUAAGUGAAAUAAGGGAUGGAAAAUACGACAGAGAAAUACAAUUGGCUCAAAUGACUCGUUGCCCAAAACACAGCCAUGAAAUUCGAUACUUUUGCCUCCAGUGUAAUUUAUCUCUUUGUGGAGACUGUGCUUUAUUUGACCACAAACAUCAUGAAUGUAAACUUAUUUCUGAUGUAAGAAAAUCUAAGGAGGGCAAGAUAUCUGCCAUACUAGAACCUUUGAAAAAGAAUCUUCAGACUUUAAAUGACAAGCGUUCAACAGUUGAGAUUCGGAUGAAGGAGCUGGAAGAAAAGGAAACAUUGAUGCAAGGUGAGAUAGAUAAGGUAUGCAUUGAUGCAGUGAAUGUCAUUCACGAGGCUCAAAAGAAUAUGACAGAUGAACUUCAGAAAAAAGUGAAACCUGGAAGAGAACGUCUGAUGCAGGUUCAUGAUAAAUUAACUGAAAUGUUUAAAAACAUUAACCAGUCGGUUAACUUUUCAGAGAAUAUUUUGAAAAGAGGAAAUGAUGUUGAGGUAUUGCUUUUGCUUGACGAAAUUUACGAAAGAUUGUCGAAACUCAGCGAAACUUAUGCGGCACAGGAGUAUCAAUACCAAUGUCCUUCAGUAGAAAUUCCAUAUUUACACUUUAAGUGGAAAGAACCACCAAUGAUAUGUUUUUCUUCAUCCAAGAGUUUUGAGAAAGAUGUGCAAAUGGAAGAGUCCCCUAAAAUGACGACAAAUACUUCUGUGCCGAAAUGUUCCUCAGUACAAAAUUCGUCCAGUAAUUUAACUGAACAAAAGCAAAAUUCAAAAAGUCUACCAAAUCUUAGUGUAAGAGAGAAACGUCACAGGCUUUUUAAACUCCAAAUGUAUAAAAAGGUUUCUCUAUAUGAAGCCGACGAUUUGCGUACCCCAGUGUUUACGAGUGUUGUUUGGACGAUGGAUGGUCGAAUAGCUGCUAUAGACAAGGAAAACAGCAAGAUUAAAGUUUUAACACACUGCACUGAAGUACAUAAAGUAAAAUCAAUUAAAGUACCAGGUGCUUAUGUAAUUUCCUCAUAUCGAUUAGGAUUUGCUUGCAUUGCUAGCUCACGUUUGUUUAUUUUCGAUCAGAACUUCAAUGAAUUGAAGAAGUUUGAAGGGAUUUCAACACUUAUUACACAAAAUCCAGACAGCAAUUCAAUAGGAUGGAUGACAAAGAAGAAGAUCUUUAUAAAAAACAAUGACAAAAUCGAUGAGAAAGAAAUACUAGAUGACCAAGGGAAAAAAUUUUCCUUCAGCAAGCCCAUGUAUGCCAGCCUUCUCCCAAACAAAACAUGUGUAGUGUCUGACUGGGAACAUGACUGUGUAUACCUGCUGGAUCACGUCUGCAAGAUUUUUAAGCGUAUAGAUACCUACCCUGGGUCCAUUGCUUUUGAUAAUCAAAAUAACAUUUUUAUUUCUGACUACGAUCAUGCGAGUCUGUCAAUAUUUGAUAGCAAAGGAAUUUAUCAAACUUGUUUAAAAAUAGACAAAUGGCAGACCAAACCAAGAAGCAUCGCUAUUUUUAAAGACGUUUUACUUAUUGCAAGUUCAAACCAGGUCAAUAUGUAUAAUUUGUUGUCUUGAAAAUGAUUUUAUGACCGUAACUUAAAUUAAUCCAUCACUGUUGGGAAAUGACUGAGUUUUCUCAUAUACAGCCUAUAUAAUUAAACUUAGAUAUAAAGUUAUA